AUCAUAAGAAUUGUAUGACAGACAGCAAGGAGAAUUAUCGAGGAGAUUGUGGGAGUGCCAUGUAAGGGUUAACGAUGAUAAAAAUAAUUUUAACAAUGAAGGACCUUAUUUUGGAAGUUAAAUUCGUCAGUUGACAUCAUGGCCUCAGGUAUCAAAUUGGACGAAAGCUGUAAGAAAAUGUUCUCUUUGGUCAAAGACAAGCAUGAACACGCAUGGGCCAUCAUGAAGAUUGACAAUGAUAAGGAAGUUGUUCUUACGAAACAACAUGGCAAACUUGUAUCCAACACUGAUUUAGAGGAAAAUGAAAGACUCUUUGAAGCCAUGAAAGGGAAAGUUGCAGAACUGGACGGGCCAUGUUACAUCCUGUUCGAUUUUGUCUACCAACAGAAGAGUGGUGCUACCAAAGAUAAACCAAUUUACAUCUAUUGGUGCGAUGAUGACUGCGUUGGAGUAAAGGAAAAGAUGAAAUAUGCUGCAACUAAUUCUGAGUUGAAGAAGCAGUGCAAUGGAUUUGAGACAUUUGAAUUCCACGAUAAAGAUGACUUCUGUUUCCAAAAGAUUUCUAAUGAAUUGAAAGCAAAAGACAGGCAAUAACUUGCUGCUGUCACAAAGAGAACAGCACCUUCACUUGCCACUUUUUUAUCUCAGUUUCGAUAACUCAGUUUAACAUUAAGAAGCACUACGGCUGGUAGAUCACGUUAAGAAAGAAGUUAAUUGUAAUAGAAUAUAUGAUGAGUGAAGUUGCUGCAUUUAUGAUCUAGUUUUGUUCUUACACUGCAAUGUAUUUAUUGGGAUGCAAGUUAAUAAAUGACAAA